UAAUUAGUCGUCAAAAGAGGAAACGAAAAUGCUCCAUUUCCUUUGCAGCAGCUGCGUUUAGGUUCGUCAGGUCUGGAAAUGUGGACUUAAAGGGCGAACUAAGGCCCCAAAGAUAACCCAGAAUUACUAACAUCAUCUUGGACGAUCUCGGGUGCUCUGCGUCUCUUAUUGCUGUCACUUUCCGGGCAAAUCUUGAAGCUUGAGGGCGGUUUUGGGGUGAACUCGCCCCCUUGUUUUGUGUUGGGUUUUGAGGAAGCAGCUAGCUUGUAGCGAUGGGGACCAGAGCGAGUCGCCUACACGAAGACCCGGCGGCUCCCAAUGCUUUCGGAAAAGAGGGCACAAAGCGGGACUCGUACCGGCGACCCCGCUGUACCCGACCCACCAGUCUUAUGGUGGACUUCUCGGGGAGUUUUGAAGAAACUGAGGCCAACCGGAGCCGAUCGGAGGAAGGCAGCGACUCGGACCUACACGGGGCGAGCAACGACGGCAGCCCCGCCGACCACCACAGCCUCCCCGCCGGCAUGAGCCAGCAGGCAUCCCCCGCGGACGGUAAACCGGAGGAGGACGGGAGCUUAACCAUGGAGGCUGCGGGAGAGGCGGAGCAGCAGCCCUCAGAGGACACAGGCCGCACGCCAAACCGCACUUUUUCCGAGCGGCUCCCUGGGACUCGGCACUCUUCCGGGCGAGGUGUCGGCGCGAGGUCGGCCCGGUUACGAGGCACACACCAGAGGCCGGUGUCCGAGGCGUGGAUCGGCCUGUACCGUGUCAACAACCGCCACGACGCCAUUCGCUGUCCUUUCUGCUCAAAGCCGUUCCCGGAUGGUCGUUUCGAGGAUCACCUGCUAAGCUGCCUCACGUCUCCGCCGCUACCUUACAACACGGACGUGCUCAGUAAAGACAGCGGUGAGUGUUCCAUCUGCUUGGAGGAUCUGGUUCAGGGUGAGACCAUCGCCAGGCUGGCUUGUCUCUGCGUCUACCAUAAGAGCUGCAUAGAUUCUUGGUCCAAGGUGAAGCCCUGCUGUCCUGAACAUCCCUUCGAUUGACUCACAGGUCACACUGUGACCAACCCGACUCAGGAGACUACGCUGAAUCCCAAUAAAAAAAACAAAAACAAAGUGUAUUUGAACAAGUAAAGCCCGCCAUCUGUGUUGGACAUUUGAGCAGAGAACCGACAACCUUAUGAAGCAACGGUGGCCGGCCUUCUGAGUGCAUCAGUCACCUUGAACUUUGCACCAUUUCAAGACUUUCUGUUCUCAUCUGUGGACGAGAACCUUGUCUGAACACAAGGCUGGGCUCCAACCCGUGGAACAAAAACACACUUUAUCAUCCCGGAAUGACGGAUCUCACCUCUGGGAAGAUCUUGAACUUGGAGGGAAGAAUACA